AUGAAAUUGGAAACGUGGGUUGGCCAGCUUUUGAUAGGUCUGGUGGAAAACUCUUCCCACUGAUGGAUAGUUCUACUAAGGAAUCAGCCCGACUGGAACCUAUUGAAUGCAUAGUGAGCAUUCGGAGAAAAGCGCUGAAGCCAUUCAGCUUCGCAGAUGGCACAACAGUCCAACCCGUGCGCUCCUCUCGCCAGCAUGAGCCUCGACCCAAAUAACUACAAGCGUCCUGACGAGUUUCACGGCUUCCGUUUUAUUCAUACCAGCGACCUUGCACAGUCUCUUUCCAAGAGUCAAUCACACAGCUUCCAGGUACCCGAGGGUGAACGGCCUUCGGAGUUCACUGACCUAUCAGGUGUACCACUUUGGGGUGUCGGAAAGCUUUCAUGUGCGGGCAGGCAUUAUGCAUCAGCCGUUAUCAAGACGACAGUCGCAUUGUUUCUCACGAAUUGGGAUAUGCAGCUCGUAGCACCCAACGCCAGACAACACUUCACCUGGCGUAGUUGGAUCUACCCAUACGCGGACACCAAGGUGAUUCUGCGACUGAGAAGUCAAACGGGUGAGGGCUUUUAGAAGCCGAUGUUUGAUUAAGGCCAAUUCUACGAAUGUUAUUGUGGCGCAUGCGGUUUAUAGGUCAGACCUGUCACCUGUAUCUGGCCCCCGCCCGCUACGCAUUCUCAUAGUCUCUCUUCAUAGCACGUCAGUAUACAUAUAAGUCUCAAGUCGUGAGAGCUAGCUACGUCCUAGGCACACAAACUCUAGAAGUAUGAUCAAGAGUUGGCCGCUUCACGGACUCUCGUGGUGUUAUCGCCGCUACCUUCGCAAUGACUUGAAUCCUUUCAUAGUGAAUAUCGUGAAAA